AUAUCCACACUCCCAUAAUCAACAACAAACAUCUUCUCUAAAUCAUCAAAUCUCACUUUCUCUCUCUUCUUUCUUUCUCUCUCAUCAUUCUCAUCCAAUUAUUUAAUUUAAAAACCAUAAUAAUUAAAAAAAACAAUAAAAUUAAUCAACCCCACAAUUGAAGAACAAUGCCUGAAGCACCAAAAGAAAAAAAUGAUCAUGAAAAGUCGUCCGGAAUGGAUGAAAAGAACAAGAAACUUCUAGAAUUGAUUGAAGAAGUUACUAGAAACGCCGAUGAAGUUCAAAAGAAGGUUCUAUUUGAAAUCUUAAGUAGAAAUUGUAACGUAGAAUACCUAAAAAGACAUGGUCUAAAUGGUGCUACUGAUAGGGAUUCAUUCAAAAAACUAAUCCCUGUUAUUAAAUAUGAAGAUAUUGAAUCUGAUAUUACUCGUAUUGCUAAUGGUGAUAAAUCCCCUAUUCUUUCUUCUCACCCCAUUUCUGAGUUCCUCACCAGUUCAGGAACAUCAGGAGGAGAAAGAAAAUUGAUGCCAACAAUUGAGGAAGAUUUAGACAGGAGAUGCAUGUUAUACAGUUUACUGAUGCCAGUUAUGAGUCAGUAUGUACCUGGUUUAGACAAAGGAAAAGGGAUGUAUUUUUUGUUCAUUAAAUCUGAAGCUAAAACCCCAGGUGGGCUUUUAGCCCGACCCGUUUUAACCAGCUAUUACAAAAGUACCCAUUUCAAGAACCGCCCAUUUGACUCUUACACCAACUACACUAGCCCAAAUGAGACCAUCCUUUGCCCUGAUUCUUACCAAUCCAUGUACUCUCAAAUGCUUUGUGGCCUUUACCAACAUAAUGAGGUUCUUCGGGUCGGGGCGGUUUUUGCAUCGGGUUUUAUCCGGGCCAUUAAGUUUCUCGAAAAACAUUGGGCUUUAUUAGCUCAUGAUAUCCGUGUCGGAUCCUUAAACCCACAAAUCACUGACCCAUCAGUCCGCGAUGCUGUAGGUCGAAUUCUUAAUCCUGACCCAAAAUUAGCAGAUUUUAUCGAGUCAGAAUGUAGUAAAAAGUCAUGGCAAGGGAUUAUUACUAGACUUUGGCCUAACACAAAAUAUGUUGAUGUUAUUGUGACAGGGACCAUGGCACAAUAUAUUCCUACACUAGAUUAUUAUAGUAAUGGUUUACCACUUGUUUGUACAAUGUAUGCUUCUUCCGAGUGUUAUUUUGGUGUCAAUCUUAAUCCAUUAUGCAAACCAAGUGAAGUUGCUUAUACACUUAUUCCUACAAUGGGUUAUUUUGAAUUUUUACCGGUUCAAAGGAAUAUCAAUGGUGUUACUAAUUCCAUUUCCAUGCCUAAAUCUCUCACCGAGAAAGAACAACAAGACCUUAUUGAACUCACCGAUGUCAAACUCGGCCACGAGUACGAGCUCGUUAUUACCACUUAUGCAGGAUUGUAUAGAUACAGAGUUGGUGACAUUCUAAGAGUAGCAGGAUUUAAGAACAAAGCACCCCAAUUCACAUUUGUAUGUCGCAAAAACGUUGUUUUAAGCAUAGAUUCAGACAAAACAGACGAAGUAGAACUACAAAAUGCAGUAAAAAAUGCAAUAACACAUUUACAACCAUUUGAUGCAACAUUACUAGAGUACACAAGUUACGCAGAUACAACAACUGUACCAGGCCAUUAUGUACUCUUUUGGGAGCUAAGCUUAAAUGGUUCGAUGUCGGUCCCACCAUCCGUUUUUGAGGAUUGUUGUUUAGCCAUUGAAGAAUCACUUAACACGGUUUAUAGACAGGGACGAGUAUCAGAAUCAAUUGGACCGUUAGAGAUUAAAAUAGUUGAAAAUGGUACAUUUGAUAAACUAAUGGACUAUGCCAUUAGUUUAGGGGCAUCUAUUAAUCAAUAUAAGACUCCUAGGUGUGUGAAAUUUGCACCAAUUGUUGAGUUAAUGAAUUCUAGGGUGGUUUCGAGUUAUUUGAGUCCGAAGUGUCCUAAAUGGGUUCCGGGUCAUAAGCAAUGGUGUAACGGUAAUGAAGAAAGAUAGUUGUUUUUGAUUAUUUUAAGGUAUGGAAGAGAAUUUGAGAAAAAAAAUAAAGGGAAAAGGAGACCUAGGAGUGGACCCAUUUUAGAUGGAGUAUCCAAUCUAAUUUUAGUUUAUUUUUUUGUAAUUUUUUUUUUUUUGUUAGUCCUGCUUGCUCUUUAUGUAUGGAUUAUUGUAGCUUUUGUUCAUGAGCAAUGACUUGGGAAUCAAAUGUUAGGUCUUGUUUUGUACCAAAUUAUUCCUUUCUUAGUUUUAAGGAAGAAAGUUUUUCUUGUAUUGAGUUCUUUUAUUCCUUUCUUAGUUUUAAGGAAGAAAGUUUUUCUUGUAUUGAGUUUUUUUUAACUAUUACUCAUCUUUACGGUUUUUUAAUGUGUACGUAUCACUUAUGUUUACCUAUUGGAUGUGAAUAUUAAUCUAAUAAUGAUAUGUAUUUUAUCAUAUACUAGUGGGACUUUUAUCUGGGAAAAAAAAUUUGAAUAUUGACAUGUUCUUUUC